AUGGCCUCCGCUACCAAAUUCUACGACUUCAAGCCGCUUGACAAAAAGGGCAACCACGUCCCCCUCUCCACCUAUGCCGGAAAGGUCGUCCUCAUCGUCAACACCGCCUCCAAGUGCGGCUUCACCCCCCAAUAUGAAGGUCUCGAGAAGAUCUACAAGUCCCUCAACGCCACCUAUCCAGACCAGUUCGUAAUCCUGGGCUUCCCCUGCAACCAGUUCGGUGGGCAGGAGCCCGGGUCCGACGACGCCAUCCAGGAGUUCUGCCAGCUCAACUACGGCGUCAGCUUCCCCAUCAUGGGCAAGACGGAUGUCAACGGCGACAAUGCCAGCCCGCUGUUCGAGUGGCUGAAGACGGAGAAGGCGGGAUUGCUGGGCUUGAAGAGGGUCAAGUGGAACUUCGAGAAGUGGCUGGUGGGCCGUGACGGGAAGGUCAAGGAGCGCUGGGCGAGUACUUCGAAGCCGGAGAGUUUGGAGAAGGCCAUCGUGGAGGAGCUGAAGAAAGAAGCUCCCAAGGCUGAAUUGUGA